CAGAUUAUAAUCUGACCACUAUUUUGUGCGUUUUGUUUUAAAUUAAAUGAGAAUCGAGGUGAUUUUGGUGGGCCUGCUAACUGUCACUUUGACGUUAGCAGAGCCGCAGCCACAUCGUGAGCCUCACAAGGUGAAGGUAGUUCGAGAAUACAAAACUCAUGAAGAAGGCCCACACGAAAUCCACCGCGAGAGGGUAGAGAGGCACGGCCCCGAGCAUGGUCCUCAUGAACGACACCAUGGACCAGAACAUGGUCCUCAUGAACGACACCAUGGACCAGAGCAUGGGCCUCAUGACAGACACCGUGGCCCUCAUGACAGGGACGAUCACGAUGACCACGGCAGGAGGAGAGGGCCCCACGAACACGAGCACAGCGAGUCCAAAGAGUACAACUCUCACAGCGAAAGGAAGGUGGUCAACGGACGCGUCGUGAAGGACGACUCUUCAGAUGAGGAGCGCGAGUGGGAGGAUGGCAGGAAGACCAGGGACAGCCACCAUGAGCAUAGGGGACCCAAGGGCACUGGCCGUAAAGGCGUGAGACUGGUGUCCGACAUCCUGAUGAAAAUCUUCGGAAAGAAAGUGAACAAGGAGGGAAGCGACCUGCUUUUCAAACUUACUGGUCACGAUGAUGAGGAUGAGGCCAUGGACUACAUCCAGAAUUUUGCUCGCUUCACCAGCCGCCAGCAAUGCCACGAGUUCAUCAGGAAAUUCCGUGGAUCCAGGUCUAUGGAGUUCGUUACGGAGUUUUUGGAGCAGAUGGAAGGCUCCACAAAUGUCCAAGUCUUGAUAGACAUCGCACAGACCAUAACCGGGGAAAAGGAUGUAACAAAGGCUUUCAAUGUAAUCAAGAAGCUCACAGGACACGCGGACUUCGACGGCAUGUUUGAAAUACUGCAGCUCAUUUCCGGAGACAAAGAUAGCCACCAAAUCGCCGACUUCUUCAAGCACAUCGGCCACCACAAAGGUGGUAAAGGAGUGGCCGGUCUGAGGAGCCAAGUGGACAAACUGACGGGAGGCGUCGGCCCUUCGGAAUUCCCUGAAGUAUUGGCCAACUUGAUGGACGAAGUUGACAUGAAAGGCACAUUCGACACCAUGGUUACCUGCACAAGGGCCUCGGAGAUCGGAGAAGCUAUCAAGAUCUUUAACCAGAUUCUAAGGACGGACAGUUUCGCCAAGAGCAUCCUCUUGAUGAAGCAAGCCACUGGACAGAAACAAUUGAAGUACGCGAUAGAAGACCUCACCCAAGAAAUCAGCAGGACGAGUCUCCGAAUCAUCGUGGAGUCGUUAUACAAGAUCACUGGCCGCGCCAACCUUCGGCAAGUGCAAGCACUGUUCAAACGCCUCUUCAAGAUUGACAAUAUCGUCGCUGUGAUCGCCAGGAUCAACAAAGUGAGCAAGCGCCGCGACGCCAUCUUCUUCCUGACGUCACUCCUUGACAUCACCCAAACGAAAAACCUUGAAGACUGCAACACCGUCAUCAAGGGACUCUCCAGUGAUAAGGAUACCACCAUGCUGGAUAUUCUGGAGAAAAUCAGGAUAAAGACGGGCCACGAAGACAUCAUCGACUUCUUCAAGAAGCUCAUCUCUUACACUGGAACCAAAUCGGUGCAACAAGCCUGGGAAAUCAUUCGCAAGGUUACUCAAACUAUCGACAUCUUCGAGUUCUGCAGACGCGUGUAUAAGUUCACGAAGGUGGAAAUCAUCAUCUUCAUCGAAACUAUCAUAAGGAUCACUAAUUCGACCAGCUUCAGUUCUGCUGCCCAGAAGUUCGUGAAAAUCACCAAUGCGAAACAUUUCAUGCAUUCAUUGGAAAUCAUCUAUACGAUCAUUGAAAUGGAUAUCAUCAAGUUCUUCGAAAUCAUCAUAACCAUCAGCAAACGAUUCUUCUUCGAGGAAUGUAUCACCGUAAUUGAGGAAUAUACCGAGUGCAAUGAUUUCAUCACAGCGUUGAAGAGAGUGAAGCGAGCUACCGGACAGAAAACUAUCGUGUCGGCCAUAGAGCACAUUAAGCAGAAGAAACCUAAGGCCGCCACCUUCACCUCUACAACGGAAGCACCCACCACUACUCAGGCACCAACGACCAAGGCCCCUGUGACCAAGAAACCAGGGAAACCCCACCCAAGCACUCACCAUCACCCAAGGCACCCCAGGAAACAUGGCCGCCACGGCACAGAUAAAAACUUUGAUGAUACACAAGGUACUUACAUAAAAGAAGAUGAUUAUUAUUACUUUAAUGAUGAUGACGACGACAAGGGACCAGGACACAAGGGACCAAAGGGACCAGGUGACAAGGGACCAAAGGGACCAGGAGACAAGGGACCAAAGGGACCAGGAGACAAGGGACCAAAGGGACCGGGUGACAAGGGACCAGAAGGACCAGGAGACAAGGGACCAAAGGGACCGGGUGACAAGGGACCAAAGGGACCAGGAGACAAGGGACCAAAGGGACCAGGAGACAAGGGACCAAAGGGACCAGGUGACAAGGGACCAGUAGGACCAGGUGACAAGGGACCACAUGGACCAGGAGACAAGGGACCAAAGGGACCAGGUGACAAGGGACCAAAGGGACCAGGAGACAAGGGACCAAAGGGACCAGGAGACAAGGGACCAAAGGGACCGGGUGACAAGGGACCAGAAGGACCAGGAGACAAGGGACCAAAGGGACCGGGUGACAAGGGACCAAAGGGACCAGGAGACAAGGGACCAAAGGGACCGGGUGACAAGGGACCAGAAGGACCAGGAGACAAGGGACCACAUGGACCAGGAGACAAGGGACCAAAAGGACCAGGUGACAAGGGACCAAAGGGACCAGGUGACAAGGGACCAAAGGGACCAGGAGACAAGGGACCAAAGGGACCAGGAGACAAGGGACCAAAGGGACCGGGUGACAAGGGACCAAAGGGACCAGGAGACAAGGGACCAAAGGGACCGGGUGACAAGGGACCAGAAGGACCAGGAGACAAGGGACCAAAGGGACCGGGUGACAAGGGACCAAAGGGACCAGGAGACAAGGGACCAGAAGGACCAGGAGACAAGGGACCACAUGGACCAGGAGACAAGGGACCAAAGGGACCAGGAGACAAGGGACCAAAGGGACCAGGUGACAAGGGACCAAAGGGACCAGGAGACAAGGGACCAAAGGGACCAGGAGACAAGGGACCAGAAGGACCAGGAGACAAGGGACCACAUGGACCAGGAGACAAGGGACCAAAGGGACCAGGAGACAAGGGACCAGGAGACAAGGGACCAAAGGGACCAGGUGACAAGGGACCACAUGGACCAGGAGACAAGGGACCAAAGGGACCAGGUGACAAGAGACCAGAAGGACCAGGCGACAAGGGACCAAAGGGACCAGGAGACAAGGGACCAAAGGGACCAGGUGACAAGGGACCAAAGGGACCAAAGGGACCAGGAGACAAGGGACCAGAAGGACCAGGCGACAAGGGACCAAAGGGACCAGGAGACAAGGGACCAAAGGGACCAGGAGACAAGGGACCAAAGGGACCAGGCGACAAGGGACCAAAGGGACCAGGAGACAAGGGACCAAAGGGACCAGGUGACAAGGGACCAGAAGGACCAGGAGACAAGGGACCAAAGGGACCAGGAGACAAGGGACCAGAAGGACCAGGCGACAAGGGACCAAAGGGACCAGGAGACAAGGGACCAAAGGGACCUGGUGACAAGGGACCAGUAGGACCAGGAGACAAGGGACCAAAGGGACCAGGUGACAAGGGACCACAUGGACCAGGCGACAAGGGACCAAAGGGACCAGGAGACAAGGGACCAAAGGGACCAGGUGACAAGGGACCACAUGGACCAGGCGACAAGGGACCAAAGGGACCAGGAGACAAGGGACCAAAGGGACCAGGUGACAAGGGACCAGUAGGACCAGGUGACAAGGGACCAAAGGGACCAGGAGACAAGGGACCAAAGGGACCAGGCGACAAGGGACCAAAGGGACCAGGAGACAAGGGACCAAAGGGACCAGGAGACAAGGGACCAAAGGGACCAGGCGACAAGGGACCAAAGGGACCAGGAGACAAGGGACCAGAAGGACCAGGAGACAAGGGACCAAAGGGACCAGGAGACAAGGGACCAGAAGGACCAGGCGACAAGGGACCAAAGGGACCAGGAGACAAGGGACCACAUGGCCCAAGAGACAAGGGACCAAAGGGACCUGGUGACAAGGGACCAGUAGGACCAGGAGACAAGGGACCAAAGGGACCAGGUGACAAGGGACCACAUGGACCAGGCGACAAGGGACCAAAGGGACCAGGUGACAAGGGACCACAUGGACCAGGCGACAAGGGACCAAAGGGACCAGGAGACAAGGGACCAAAGGGACCAGGUGACAAGGGACCACAUGGACCAGGCGACAAGGGACCAAAGGGACCAGGUGACAAGGGACCACAUGGACCAGGCGACAAGGGACCAAAGGGACCAGGAGACAAGGGACCAAAGGGACCAGGCGACAAGGGACCAAAGGGACCAGGAGACAAGGGACCAAAGGGACCAGGAGACAAGGGACCAAAGGGACCAGGUGACAAGGGACCACAUGGACCAGGCGACAAGGGACCAAAGGGACCAGGUGACAAGGGACCACAUGGACCAGGCGACAAGGGACCAAAGGGACCAGGAGACAAGGGACCAAAGGGACCAGGCGACAAGGGACCAAAGGGACCAGGAGACAAGGGACCAAAGGGACCAGGAGACAAGGGACCAAAGGGACCAGGAGACAAGGGACCACAUGGACCAGGAGACAAGGGACCAAAGGGACCAGGAGACAAGGGACCACAUGGACCAGGAGACAAGGGACCAAAGGGACCAGGUGACAAGGGACCAGAAGGACCAGGUGACAAGGGACCAGUAGGACCAGGAGAAAAGGGACCAAAGGGACCAGGAGACAAGGGACCACAUGGACCAGGUGACAAGGGACCAAAGGGACCAGGAGACAAGGGACCAAAGGGACCAGGAGACAAGGGACCAAAGGGACCAGGUGACAAGGGACCAGAAGGACCAGGAGACAAGGGACCAAAGGGACCAGGAGACAAGGGACCAAAGGGACCAGGUGACAAGGGACCAGUAGGACCAGGAGACAAGGGACCAAAGGGACCAGGUGACAAGGGACCACAUGGACCAGGAGACAAGGGACCACAUGGACCAGGCGACAAGGGACCAAAGGGACCAGGAGACAAGGGACCAGAAGGACCAGGCGACAAGGGACCAAAGGGACCAGGAGACAAGGGACCAAAGGGACCAGGAGACAAGGGACCAGAAGGACCAGGCGACAAGGGACCAAAGGGACCAGGAGACAAGGGACCAAAGGGACCAGGUGACAAGGGACCAGAAGGACCAGGAGACAAGGGACCAAAGGGACCAGGAGACAAGGGACCAAAGGGACCAGGUGACAAGGGACCAGUAGGACCAGGAGACAAGGGACCAAAGGGACCAGGUGACAAGGGACCACAUGGACCAGGAGACAAGGGACCACAUGGACCAGGCGACAAGGGACCAAAGGGACCAGGAGACAAGGGACCAAAGGGACCAGGUGACAAGGGACCACAUGGACCAGGAGACAAGGGACCACAUGGACCAGGCGACAAGGGACCAAAGGGACCAGGUGACAAGGGACCAAAGGGACCAGGAGACAAGGGACCAAAGGGACCAGGCGACAAGGGACCAAAGGGACCAGGAGACAAGGGACCAAAGGGACCAGGAGACAAGGGACCAAAGGGACCAGGAGACAAGGGACCACAUGGACCAGGAGACAAGGGACCAAAGGGACCAGGUGACAAGGGACCAGAAGGACCAGGUGACAAGGGACCAGUAGGACCAGGAGACAAGGGACCAAAGGGACCAGGAGACAAGGGACCAAAGGGACCAGGAGACAAGGGACCAGAAGGACCAGGAGACAAGGGACCACAUGGCCCAGGAGACAAGGGACCAAAGGGACCAGGAGACAAGGGACCAAAGGGACCAGGUGACAAGGGACCAAAGGGACCAGGCGACAAGGGACCAAAGGGACCAGGAGACAAGGGACCAAAGGGACCAGGAGACAAGGGACCAAAGGGACCAGGAGACAAGGGACCAAAGGGACCAGGUGACAAGGGACCAGUAGGACCAGGAGACAAGGGACCAAAGGGACCAGGAGACAAGGGACCAAAGGGACCAGGUGACAAGGGACCAGUAGGACCAGGAGACAAGGGACCAAAGGGACCAGGAGACAAGGGACCAAAGGGACCAGGAGACAAGGGACCAGAAGGACCAGGCGACAAGGGACCAAAGGGACCAGGCGACAAGGGACCAAAGGGACCAGGUGACAAGGGACCAAAGGGACCAGGAGACAAGGGACCAGAAGGACCAGGCGACAAGGGACCAAAGGGACCAGGAGACAAGGGACCAGGAGACAAGGGACCAAAGGGACCAGGAGACAAGGGACCAGAAGGACCAGGCGACAAGGGACCAAAGGGACCAGGUGACAAGGGACCAAAGGGACCAGGCGACAAGGGACCAAAGGGACCAGGAGACAAGGGACCAAAGGGACCAGGAGACAAGGGACCAGAAGGACCAGGUGACAAGGGACCAAAGGGACCAGGAGACAAGGGACCAAAGGGACCAGGAGACAAGGGACCAAAGGGACCAGGAGACAAGGGACCAAAGGGACCAGGUGACAAGGGACCAGAAGGACCAGGCGACAAGGGACCAAAGGGACCAGGAGACAAGGGACCAAAGGCACCAUGUGACAAGGGACCAAAGGGACCAGGCGACAAGGGACCAAAGGGACCAGGCGACAAGGGACCAGGCGACAAGGGACCAAAGGGACCAGGCGACAAGGGACCACAUGGACCAGGAGACAAGGGACCACAUGGACCAGGAGACAAGGGACCACAUGGACCAGGAGACAAGGGACCACAUGGACCAGGUGACAAGGGACCAAAGGGACCAGGAGACAAGGGACCAGAAGGACCAGGCGACAAGGGACCAAAGGUACCAGGAGACAAGGGACCAAAGGGACCAGGCGACAAGGGACCAAAGGGACCAGGAGACAAGGGACCAGAAGGACCAGGAGACAAGGGACCAAAGGGACCAGGAGACAAGGGACCAAAGGGACCAGGAGACAAGGGACCAGAAGGACCAGGCGACAAGGGACCAAAGGGACCAGGUGACAAGGGACCAGAAGGACCAGGCGACAAGGGACCAAAGGGACCAGGUGACAAGGGACCACAUGGACCAGGAGACAAGGGACCAAAGGGACCAGGAGACAAGGGACCAAAGGGACCAGGAGACAAGGGACCACAUGGCCCAGGAGACAAGGGACCAAAGGGACCAGGAGACAAGGGACCAGAAGGACCAGGAGACAAGGGACCAAAGGGACCAGGAGACAAGGGACCAAAGGGACCAGGAGACAAGGGACCACAUGGACCAGGAGACAAGGGACCAAAGGGACCAGGAGACAAGGGACCAAAGGGACCAGGUGACAAGGGACCAGAAGGACCAGGAGACAAGGGACCAAAGGGACCAGGAGACAAGGGACCAGAAGGACCAGGAGACAAGGGACCAAAGGGACCAGGAGACAAGGGACCACAUGGACCAGGAGACAAGGGACCAAAGGGACCAGGAGACAAGGGACCAAAGGGACCAGGUGACAAGGGACCAGAAGGACCAGGAGACAAGGGACCAAAGGGACCAGGAGACAAGGGACCAAAGGGACCAGGUGACAAGGGACCAGAAGGACCAGGAGACAAGGGACCAAAGGGACCAGGUGACAAGGGACCAGUAGGACCAGGUGACAAGGGACCAAAGGGACCAGGAGACAAGGGACCAAAGGGACCAGGUGACAAAGGACCAGAAGGACCAGGAGACAAGGGACCAAAGGGACCAGGUGACAAGGGACCACAUGGACCAGGAGACAAGGGACCAAAGGGACCAGGAGACAAGGGACCAGGUGACAAGGGACCAGAAGGACCAGGAGACAAGGGACCAAAGGGACCAGGAGACAAGGGACCAGAAGGACCAGGAGACAAGGGACCAAAGGGACCAGGAGACAAGGGACCACAUGGACCAGGUGACAAGGGACCAAAGGGACCAGGUGACAAGGGACCACAUGGACCAGGAGACAAGGGACCAAAGGGACCAGGAGACAAGGGACCAAAGGGACCAGGAGACAAGGGACCACAUGGCCCAGGAGACAAGGGACCAAAGGGACCAGGAGACAAGGGACCAAAGGGACCAGGUGACAAGGGACCAGAAGGACCAGGAGACAAGGGACCAAAGGGACCAGGAGACAAGGGACCACAUGGACCAGGUGACAAGGGACCAAAGGGACCAGGUGACAAGGGACCAGGAGACAAGGGACCAAAGGGACCAGGAGACAAGGGACCACAUGGACCAGGUGACAAGGGACCACAUGGACCAGGAGACAAGGGACCAAAGGGACCAGGAGACAAGGGACCAAAGGGACCAGGAGACAAGGGACCACAUGGCCCAGGAGACAAGGGACCAAAGGGACCAGGAGACAAGGGACCAGAAGGACCAGGCGACAAGGGACCAAAGGGACCAGGUGACAAGGGACCAGAAGGACCAGGAGACAAGGGACCAAAGGGACCAGGAGACAAGGGACCAAAGGGACCAGGUGACAAGGGACCACAUGGACCAGGAGACAAGGGACCAAAGGGACCAGGAGACAAGGGACCAAAGGGACCAGGUGACAAGGGACCAGAAGGACCAGGAGACAAGGGACCAAAGGGACCAGGAGACAAGGGACCAAAGGGACCAGGUGACAAGGGACCAGAAGGACCAGGAGACAAGGGACCAAAGGGACCAGGUGACAAGGGACCAGUAGGACCAGGAGACAAGGGACCAAAGGGACCAGGAGACAAGGGACCACAUGGACCAGGAGACAAGGGACCAAAGGGACCAGGAGACAAGGGACCAAAGGGACCAGGUGACAAGGGACCAGAAGGACCAGGAGACAAGGGACCAAAGGGACCAGGAGACAAGGGACCAAAGGGACCAGGUGACAAGGGACCAGAAGGACCAGGAGACAAGGGACCAAAGGGACCAGGUGACAAGGGACCAGUAGGACCAGGUGACAAGGGACCAAAGGGACCAGGAGACAAGGGACCAAAGGGACCAGGUGACAAAGGACCAGAAGGACCAGGAGACAAGGGACCAAAGGGACCAGGUGACAAGGGACCACAUGGACCAGGAGACAAGGGACCAAAGGGACCAGGAGACAAGGGACCAGGUGACAAGGGACCAGAAGGACCAGGAGACAAGGGACCAAAGGGACCAGGAGACAAGGGACCAGAAGGACCAGGAGACAAGGGACCAAAGGGACCAGGAGACAAGGGACCACAUGGACCAGGUGACAAGGGACCAAAGGGACCAGGUGACAAGGGACCACAUGGACCAGGAGACAAGGGACCAAAGGGACCAGGAGACAAGGGACCAAAGGGACCAGGAGACAAGGGACCACAUGGCCCAGGAGACAAGGGACCAAAGGGACCAGGAGACAAGGGACCAAAGGGACCAGGUGACAAGGGACCAGAAGGACCAGGAGACAAGGGACCAAAGGGACCAGGAGACAAGGGACCACAUGGACCAGGUGACAAGGGACCAAAGGGACCAGGUGACAAGGGACCAGGAGACAAGGGACCAAAGGGACCAGGAGACAAGGGACCACAUGGACCAGGUGACAAGGGACCAAAGGGACCAGGUGACAAGGGACCACAUGGACCAGGAGACAAGGGACCAAAGGGACCAGGAGACAAGGGACCAAAGGGACCAGGAGACAAGGGACCACAUGGCCCAGGAGACAAGGGACCAAAGGGACCAGGAGACAAGGGACCAGAAGGACCAGGCGACAAGGGACCAAAGGGACCAGGUGACAAGGGACCAGAAGGACCAGGAGACAAGGGACCAAAGGGACCAGGAGACAAGGGACCACAUGGCCCAGGAGACAAGGGACCAAAGGGACCAGGAGACAAGGGACCAAAGGGACCAGGUGACAAGGGACCACAUGGACCAGGAGACAAGGGACCAAAGGGACCAGGAGACAAGGGACCAGAAGGACCAGGCGACAAGGGACCAAAGGGACCAGGAGACAAGGGACCACAUGGCCCAGGAGACAAGGGACCAAAGGGACCAGGAGACAAGGGACCAAAGGGACCAGGUGACAAGGGACCAGAAGGACCAGGUGACAAGGGACCAGAAGGACCAGGAGACAAGGGACCAAAGGGACCAGGAGACAAGGGACCACAUGGACCAGGUGACAAGGGACCAAAGGGACCAGGAGACAAGGGACCAAAGGGACCAGGUGACAAGGGACCACAUGGACCAGGAGACAAGGGACCAAAGGGACCAGGAGACAAGGGACCAGAAGGACCAGGCGACAAGGGACCAAAGGGACCAGGAGACAAGGGACCACAUGGCCCAGGAGACAAGGGACCAAAGGGACCAGGAGACAAGGGACCAAAGGGACCAGGUGACAAGGGACCAGAAGGACCAGGUGACAAGGGACCAGAAGGACCAGGAGACAAGGGACCAAAGGGACCAGGGGACAAGGGACCACAUGGACCAGGUGACAAGGGACCAAAGGGACCAGGUGACAAGGGACCACAUGGACCAGGAGACAAGGGACCAGUAGGACCAGGUGACAAGGGACCAAAGGGACCAGGAGACAAGGGACCAGUAGGACCAGGUGACAAGGGACCAAAGGGACCAGGAGACAAGGGACCACAUGGACCAGGCGACAAGGGACCAAAGGGACCAGGAGACAAGGGACCAAAGGGACCAGGAGACAAGGGACCACAUGGACCAGGUGACAAGGGACCAAAGGGACCAGGAGACAAGGGACCAAAGGGACCAGGUGACAAGGGACCAGAAGGACCAGGAGACAAGGGACCAAAGGGACCAGGAGACAAGGGACCACAUGGACCAGGUGACAAGGGACCAGAAGGACCAGGAGACAAGGGACCAAAGGGACCAGGAGACAAGGGACCAGGUGACAAGGGACCAGAAGGACCAGGCGACAAGGGACCAAAGGGACCAGGUGACAAGGGACCAAAGGGACCAGGCGACAAGGGACCAAAGGGACCAGGAGACAAGGGACCAGAAGGACCAGGUGACAAGGGACCAAAGGGACCAGGAGACAAGGGACCACAUGGACCAGGAGACAAGGGACCAAAGGGACCAGGUGACAAGGGACCAGAAGGACCAGGCGACAAGGGACCAAAGGGACCAAGAGACAAGGGACCACAUGGACCAGGAGACAAGGGACCAAAGGGACCAGGAGACAAGGGACCAAAGGGACCAGGUGACAAGGGACCAGAAGGACCAGGCGACAAGGGACCAAAGGGACCAGGAGACAAGGGACCAAAGGGAUCAGGAGACAAGGGACCAAAGGGACCAGGAGACAAGGGACCACAUGGCCCAGGAGACAAGGGACCAAAGGGACCAGGAGACAAGGGACCAGAAGGACCAGGCGACAAGGGACCAAAGGGACCAGGAGACAAGGGACCACAUGGCCCAGGAGACAAGGGACCACAUGGACCAGGAGACAAGGGACCAAAGGGACCAGGAGACAAGGGACCACAUGGCCCAGGAGACAAGGGACCAAAGGGACCAGGAGACAAGGGACCAAAGGGACCAGGAGACAAGGGACCAAAGGGACCAGGUGACAAGGGACCAGUAGGACCAGGAGACAAGGGACCAAAGGGACCAGGAGACAAGGGACCAAAGGGACCAGGAGACAAGGGACCAGAAGGACCAGGCGACAAGGGACCAAAGGGACCAGGAGACAAGGGACCACAUGGCCCAGGAGACAAGGGACCACAUGGACCAGGAGACAAGGGACCAAAGGGACCAGGUGACAAGGGACCAGAAGGACCAGGCGACAAGGGACCAAAGGGACCAGGCGACAAGGGACCAAAGGGACCAGGUGACAAGGGACCAGAAGGACCAGGCGACAAGGGACCAAAGGGACCAGGAGACAAGGGACCAGAAGGACCAGGUGACAAGGGACCAAAGGGACCAGGAGACAAGGGACCAGAAGGACCAGGUGACAAGGGACCAGAAGGACCAAAUGACAAUUGGAUAUCUGUGCCAGGACAACCAAGUCAACCAGGUUUACCAGGGCAACCAGGACAAUCAGGACAACCAAGCAUACCAGGACAACCAGGUCAACCAGGGCAACCAGGACAACCAAGCAUACCAGGACAACCAGGUCUACCAGGACAACCAGGACAACCAAGCAUACCAGGAGGACCAGGGCAACCAGGACUCCCAGGAGUGCCAGGGCAACCAGGGCAACCAGGUCAACCAGGACAACCAGGACAACCAGGGCAAUCACUCGAAGAACCAGAGUGGGACGAACCACGUUAUCCAUACUAUCCUAGACCAGGCAUCCAAACUUUCGCAUUAUAA